AUGCAUACUCGAAAGUCUAAGAGCAUUGAUCUAGCUUCCUACGAUCCAGAGAUUGAACGAACCCUUCGAAAGCUUCAGAGAAAAAUCAAGCAAAAGUGUGCAUCGGUGUCUUUACCAUCAUCUUCUCCACCACAUUUAAGUUCGGAAGAGGAGGAGGAGGAAUCACAAGAAGGCAUGGCUGAUAACCGUACAUUGAGGGAGUUGACAAUGCUAAAUACGGAUCAACAACCCUUGUGCAUCACAUAUCCAAAUGCAGAAGGAGGAUUUGAGCUUAAGUCCGGCAUGAUUCACUACUUGCCUAAGUUCAAUGGCUUCUCAAUAGAGGAUGCGAACAAGCAUCUCAUGGAGUUUCACGUGGUAUGCUCAGGAAUGAGACCAUCAAAUGUGGAUGAGGAGCAAGUCAAGUUGAGGGCAUUCCCAUUUACAUUAGAAGCUAAGGCAAAUGAGUGGCUUUACAAUUUACCUUCGGGAUCAAUGAACACAUGGAACCAGGUGAAGCAAGCAUUCUUGGAGCAAUAUUUUCCAGCCACAAAAGCUGCAAGCAUAAGGAAAGACAUAUGUGCAAUCCGACAACAACAUGGAGAGCCCUUUGGAGAUUACUAUGAGCGGUUCACACAUUUGGUUGCAUCUUGUCCUAACCAUCAGAUUUCAGAGCAUUUACUAAUACAAUACUUUUAUGAGGGAUUGUAUGGUACUGAUCGUGUAAUGCUUGAUGCAGCAAGUGGCGGAGCAUUCAUGGACAAGACGCCUACUAAUGCUAAGGCAUUGUUAAAGAACAUUGCUGGCAAUACACGACAAUUUGGAGGGAGAGAUGAGCUACCUCUUAAGAAAGUUAACGAGGUUAUUGUGGCUCCAAAACAGGUGUGUGGUGUAUGUUCAAUGAUGGGACAUGCCACGGACAUGUGCCCUUCGUUGAUGGAUCAAGGUGGUCUUGAGCAAGCUAAUGCAUUAGGAGGAUUUCAAGGGCAACAAAGGCAAAAGUAUGAUCCAUAUUCCAACAACUAUAAUGCAGGAUGUCGCGAUCAUCCACACUUAAAGUGGAACAAUGGACAACAAUCUGUUCCCAACAACUAUAAUCGUCCGCCUGGCUUCUUUCAAGCAAGACCGCAGAAAACAGACAAAGCAAUUGAAAACCUUGAGCGCCAAAUGAGUCAGUUAGCAAGUUUGAUGGGGCAACAACACCAACCAGGAAGGUUGCCUAUCCAAACCGUGGUGAAUCCAAAUGCGGAGCAGAUGAAUGUUGUGACUUUAAGGAGUGGAAAAGAAGUUUUUGAGCAGCCGAGGAUGCAAAAGAGGACUAGAAAAGACACAAUUGAACAAGGGGAGCUGCAAACCAAGAAUCUUGAGCAAGAUGAGGCUUCAACAGAAACUGAAAAGUCUCAUAAAGAUACAGAAUUAACAAAAAAGAUUCUGAUAAGGUUUAUGAAGUCUAAGAAAGAGCAAACUGAUAAGGAAAUAUUGGAUACUUUCCGGAAAGUCCAAGUGAACUUACCUCUUUUAGAUGCCAUAAAACAAGUGCCCAAGUAUGCAAAGUUCCUUAAAGAGCUUUGUACGAACAAGAGGAGAUUCAAUGAUCAAGAAACUGUGGCAUUAAGCGAGGAAGUAUCAGCUGUUUUGCAGAGAAAGCUGCCACCGUAG